CAAAGCUCCUUGCUGAUUGGCUGGCUGAAGAGUCGGCCGCUGAGGACUGCGCAGCGGCCGCGCUGGUCCCUAUCCGGUCUUACGGCCUUGAUCUCUCGGCUGCACGCUCUCUAUGGUGCUGACCACGACAUGUGGCGCCUGACAAGGCUCCUAGGGCGAGCUCUUCCCCGCCUUCUGGGACCUGGCUUCCGAGAGGUACCCAGGCCCACCAGUUCAGAUGGGCCUCAGACAACCUUUACUACCCCUCUGCUUCCUAGACACAGCCUUGACAGGCCAGGCUCUUAUGGUCCAAGGAAGAACAGAGACCCAAAGUGUGGUAGUUGGAAAGAUGCCUUCCACUGGAUGUCUGCUCAUGUCUCCCCAAACACUCUGCGGGAUGCCAUCUCAUGGGGCACUCUGGCCGUGCUGGCCCUGCACCUGGCGAGGCAAAUCCACUUCCAUGCACCCUUGGUAGCAGGACCUCAGCCAGCUGAGCGAUGCUCUUGGCAGAGUUCCCUGUACCGCUUCCUCUCCUCUUCCUGGCGGCACCCACACUCCUCUCUUCGGAGGCACGUUCUUCCCAGACCUGACUGCCCCGCUCCCACGUACACUGGCCUCAGGGAACCAAGGCUGGGUCAAGAAGAACCCUCAGCUCAGCCACAGUGCUGCCCUUCAGACAACUCCCUGAGCGCUGGCCUUCUGAACCUACCUGAAGAAGAGCCCAGUGACUUGGACUUCCUGCAUGCCAGCGGGGACUUCACAUCCCAGGCAAAGGCAACUGAAGCCUGCCCCCCUGGAGAAAAAAAUGAACAAGACAAGUCCAAGGCUCUUCCCCUGGAGGAGGCUAUGACUUCCAUCCAGCAACUCUUUCAGCUCAGCGUUGCCAUCACUUUCAACUUUCUAGGGACAGAGAACAUGAAGACGGGAAACGACAUGGCAGCCUUCUCUUACUUCCAGAAAGCCGCAGACCGAGGCUACAGCAAAGCGCAGUACAAUGUGGGCUUGUGUCUUGAGUAUGGCAGAGGCACCCCUCGGGACCUCAGUAAGGCUAUCCUCUUUUACCACCUGGCAGCCAUCCAGGGCCACAGCCUGGCUCAGUACCGCUAUGCCCGGUGCCUGUUGCAAAGUUCAGGCUCCUUGUCAGACCCUGAGCGGCAGAGGGCAGUGUCUAUGCUGAAGCAGGCAGCAGACUCUGGCUUGAGAGAGGCGCAAGCUUUCCUCGGGGUGCUUUUUACCAAGGAGCCACACCUGGAUGAGCAGAGAGCUGUGAAAUACCUUAGGCUGGCAGCCAAGAAUGGGGACUCUCAGAGCAGAUUCCACUUGGGAAUCUGCUAUGAGAGGGGCCUUGGUGUUCAGAAGAAUCUGGGCGAGGCUGUUAAGUGCUACCAGCAGUCAGCAGCUCUGGGGAAUGAACCGGCCCAGGAGAGGCUUCGGACCCUCUUUAACAUGGAAACAGCAGCCCCAGGGCCCAGCAACCUGGCUAUGACAGGACUGAAGUCUUUCUCCAGUCCCUCCCUCUGUAGCUUGAACAACCUGUUGGCAGGUGCCUCAGGCCUCCCUCAUGCCUCAAGCACUGGGAACCUUGGCCUCCUCUGCAGAAGUGGCCAUCUUGGAGCCAGCCAUGGAGCGCCCAACAGGGCUAUACCAUCCUUGGAAAUGAGUCUCGUGAGACUGGGUUUCGGCUAAGACCUCCACCAUAAUGAUGGCGCCUGAGAAAGAGUUCUCAGAGAUAUAACAACUUGAUUCCCAAAGAAGAGGCCAGUUAGCCGCUCACCUUCCUGGGAACCUUCAGCACUCCCCUCCCCCCCAGCACCAUGGACGAGAAGAAUGCUGCAAUGACCACGGCUCUGGCUCUGCCACUGACCUGUCUGUGUCACCUAGAAGCAGUGACCCAAUUUUCAAACAUUCUUUUCUCAGUUGUAGUCCAAGGACAGUAACCUGUACCCUCCUGCCUUAAAUGGCACAGCCAUUUCACUGUAGAAAGGACUUUAGUCUUUGCUUAGGUUCCCAAAGGUAGAGUGGUACCCACAGCUCUGUGACCUUAAGAGUCACCAAGCCACCGGGUAUGGUAUGAGUGCCUUUAAUCCCAGCACUUAGGAGGCAGGGGGAUCUCUGUGAAUUCAAGGCCAGUCUGGUCUACAAAGUAAGACUACAUAGAGACUACAUAGAGAAACCCUGUCUCAAAAAACAAAACAAAGAAAGAGACCUGGGUGAGGAUCAAAGCUGACAUCAUGACUCCAGUCAAGUUUGCCAGUUCACACUGUAGUGUCAUUUGAAAACGUUAUCAUCACCCUGCAGGUGUGGAGGUGUCAGUAGAGAUUAGGCUCCUGGAGUCAGAGAGGAGAGACCACAAGUCCUUUUGGGGAAAGGUCAGGUAGGAGUGUAUAAGUGUUUAAUAAAACAGAUGGUGGAUUAUCUCCUCA